GGGCGUGGCCUAGCCGAGGGGUCAGUUGACAUGGAGUGAGUGUGACGUAGAAGCGGGAAUCGCCUCAGUGUGCGAGAGCAGGAGGAGCGUGAAGGUCUUGUGCACGUGACACAACACGUCGUGGUAUGGAAAUCAGGAGGCUGUGGUCUGGAGUGCACGUGGGUGGGCCUCGUUAAAGAGCAGAUGAAGAACGAUCGCAUCGAACGUACGGACAUGAGCUGCCCUGCGAAACCCCCGGUCGGAAGGAAAAUGAAGGCCCAUGCGCCUCCUCCACCCUCAGCUCCUCAGCCCGCCCCUCGCAAGAUCUUCCGCAAUGCCAUCCCCGAUGGAGGAGCGGCCACAGACACCAAGGAAAACGUGCCACGGAGCACCGUGGACCUUCAGAUCAUGCUGCCUAAUGGUUACGAGACCCUGGUCACCAUAGAUGGGAGGAAAGCUCUGAUGGACGUGUUGGUGGACUUAUGCGCUCAGUAUCACCUGAAUCCAGCAGAACACACUCUGGAGCUGGCGACACCAGAGGGCCAAGCUGUGCCCUUCAAGCCCAACACGGUGUUGGGAACGCUUCACGUCAGCCGCGCCCUCGUCAAGGAGAAAACAGUAGAGGAGCGAGUACCUAGGAGACCUGCCCCCAAAGUGCCAGAGAAGACCGUGCGGCUGGUGGUGAAUUAUCACCGCGGCCAGAAGACGGUGGUGCGCGUGAACCCCCUCGUCCCCCUGCGCGGCCUCGUGCCCGCCAUCUGCCAGAAGUGUGAGUUCAACCCUGCGCGUGUUCUUCUCCUGCAAGACGCCGUCAGCCAACACGAGCUGGACCUCAGCAAGUCCCUCACCCAGCUCGACCUCCGUGAGCUCUACGUGCUGGACCAGACACUGGUUCUCCAGCCUAAAAUGGUCUCGGCUCCUGUCCUUAACUUCUCAGCAGAGUCCCUCAACUCUGAUGCUCAAAGUGCCAGUGAAGGCAAGAAGAAGGGAUUUCUCAGUUUGUUCAACUUCACUCGGAGGAAAUCGAAGACAGAAGAGUUCUCUGAUGACAGGGGAAUGCAAAACACACACACUAACAUCGACGGUCUGUCGGCGGUCAGCAGUGUGUGUGCUGAGGCUCGUCCCAACACUUUGGGCCAAUCGCAAUCAGUCAUGAACCUCUCGAGGCUUUCUCCCAAAACCGAGCCGAAGAAACGCCGUGCUCCGGCCCCGCCCCCGGCCCCGCCCCAUUCUUCAUUUCCCAUACCCGUGCAGACGCAAAGUGCACCGGUGGUACAGACAAAACCAAGCUCGCCAAGCCAGCUCAAGAAGCGGAAAGCCCCAACUCCUCCACCCACCGUACAACAGACUGUUGACCCCACUGUACAACACAUUGUACACCCCACCAUACACCCCACCACCUCUUUACCAACCCUCGCCGUGACCCAGGUACUCUGCACCACAGCGGUGUCUGACGAUUCCAUGUCUGACCUCAGUCACAGCAUCGAAGAUUCCGAACCGGCCGCCUCCAUCUGCAGCAGCUCCAGCAGUGACGACGCCGCCGAAUCCAGCAGCCUGGCUGAGGAUACCGUGGCCGAGCCAGUGACUGAGACAGCGAUGCGCUCGAAAUACAAAGUGGAACCGGUUCCACAACCGAACCAGCAGCCUGCACGCAGAAGCUCGGCGAAGCGAGAACCCGAAGACACGGAAUCGGCACUGGAGCUGAAGAUGGAGGAAGCAGAGGACAGUCGUCACAGUGCGAUGGCCUGGCUGCACACGGUGGAGCAGGAAGCCGAGACGGCGUCCAUGUGCAGCAGCGAGAGCUUGGCCGAUCAAGGAUACGCGGCGUCCGAGGGCAUGGCUGACUCUCCGAGCACAUCCCCAGAGGACACCGCAUCCCUGGGUCCUGAUCCCUCUCUGAGCCCCACCCAGCCUCAGGAAGACUGUGACAGCGAUGAAGGCUGCGCUACAUGGGGCUCACGCUGCAGUGGUGGAAACGUGCGAUCCGGGGCACGAUCAGUCGAGAGAAAUUGCGGGUAUGAGGAGGACAGCGAGAUCACUGCGCAGAUCCAAUUGACUUUGGCCGAUUUGGAUGCGGAUUUAGCAGACGAAGUGAAUCGCUCGGAUGAGGUGUCCCUGUGCAUGGACGAUGACAUCCCCGUGUCUGUGGUCGAUCUGGACGUUCCAGUCACAGCCAUUGACGAUGUCAUUGAUGACCAUCUAACGUCGUCAUGGCGCAGUAACCAUGACGAACAAGACCGUUUGAGCAAGAUCCUCGUAGAUCUUCAGAACAAAAACAACAACGCUCACGUGUUAGCAAGUACAAGUCUAACCCGAGCAGAUCGGGUUAGUAAUAAUAAGGAGCAAACAGAAAAGGUCACUAUAAGCCCAGGAAUUAAAGGUAAAGUUAAACCAGAGAAACAGAAGCUUCCAGAAAGUCCUGUGAUGUCUACUAUUACCCACAGUGAACGGAAUGUUCCGGAAAGCAGACUUCGGCCUCCACAGAGCUCAAGCAAGGAAGUGGACCCCUGUUCAGUGUCUUUUAAAAACAAAAAUAUGAUGAACCAGAACCUGGUGUCUCGAUUCGGCCUGAAAACAUUUACAAUCGUCCCUACCAAACCAGCCGCAUCCCACAAUCACAACAAGUCCGAAGGCUCCUUGCGUAUAGGUGCCAUUAAAAUCGAUGAGCUGGGGAACAUGGUCACGCCAAGAGAACCUGCAGACAUCUCUGAUGACGCUAGCGAUGACCGAGACUCUCCACUUGUGGACAAAGCAAAGGCCUUCUGGACCUCGGCGAAGAAAGAGGAUCCAGCGCCUACUGCGUAUAAACGAGCUUCUGUAAAGACUAGAGAAGUCGAAAACCCCAAACCAUUAACUGCAACAGUACCAUCGCAGAAACCUACAAAAAGAGCGAGUGUUACGGAAGCACCAAAAAAAUCAGCCGACGGGCCGAGCGCCAACCUCGCGUCUGCAGUAAAACCAAGUGUCACAGAGGCAUCAAAACAGUCAGCCAACCUGGCGUCUGCAGUGAUGAAAAAGCUUGUCGUUUCUGAUCCUGCAGAAAAUGUGUUUUUCUCAGAGCACAGGAGAAAUAUUACGUUCCUUAAGCCUUCCAGACGGACUUCGAGUCAUUACGUGGCUUCAGCAAUUAAUAAGUAUGCAUUGAAUUCCUCAGGAGCUCAGGAGUUUCCAGAAUCCAAACAUGCUGGACAGAACCACUCCAAGAAUGACCUAAGACCUGUUCAGGUAGAAUCAAACCGAAGUGCAGCCGCGGACCCUGUGCCUCUUCAUUCUGGCACCAAACCUUACCCGAGUUCUACUGCCGAGAAGCAAGACGUUUACAAGGAAUCGCAAAUUCUCACUGCAGAUGGAUCCAGCACUAAAGCGUUAAACUCUGGUCCAGUAAAUCACAGCCCUCAGCAGCAAGCGAGGGUUUCUGCAUGCUCUGAAUCCACUCAGUCCGUGACUAAAGAUUGCAUGCCCAUGAAAAAGUCCCCAGGAAACCCUUCACCUCUAAACAUCGCCCGUCCGACUGUAGCCAAGAAGCCAGAGUUGCACAGCCUCGGUCUCCAGCCAAGUCCGUUUGGGCCGGUGAAAAAGUUUAAACCGGUAGUCCCAAAGUCUGUGGAGAAGGAGACCUCUAUCCACAGUUCACUCAUGGAGGCAAUUCAGUCAGGAGAGGGGAUGGAACGCCUCCGAAAGGUAUCCGAGUCUUCACGGACCCUGCAGAAGCUGUCUUACGCGGAGCCUGAAAGCGAACACUCUGCUCUCCUGUCUGCCAUCCGAGCGGAAAGUAAUUCGGCAAGACUUAAGAAGACAAGGUCUUCAGCCGCCGCUGAGCUGGAGCAUAUCAGGAAGUCUGAGGAGGACCGGGUUCCCCAAACUCCUCCUGUUUUUAAACCUCCACAAACACCACCAACCUUUACACCACCCCCACCUCCGCCAAGCUUCAUACCACCGCCCCCACCACCUCCAGCCUUCAUACCACCACCCCCACCUCCAACCUUUGCACCACCACCACCUCCUCCUUCUCCUUUAACCCUGACCAUGUCCUCGAUGAAGCCGGCUUUAGCUCUGCCUGCAGGCGGAAACCCAGAGUCCGCCCGAGUGGCGAUGCUGGAGGCCAUUCGCUCUGGGGCCGGAGCCGAACGCCUUCGAAAAGUUCCGGCGUCGACAAAAACGCUAAAAGUGAACGGACGACUCGGCACCAUCCAGGCAUCAGCGUCGAGUCCUCGCUAGCUCUAGAAGCAUUUUUUUAUUUUUUAUUUUUUGAGGAAUUUUCUCAUCGCCAAAAAUCUCCCGAUUUCACGCCGCACGUGGAACUCGUUCGCAUCAGACGCUUAUUUAUUUUGGAUGAUACUGUAGUUUCAUGCUGCUUUGGGUUUGUGCCAAUCAUUUUGAUGUUAUUAGGAAUUUGAUUUGGAUAGAAAAAAAAAACGGUUGACGACUUCAUACUUCACGAAACUCUUUCCUAAGGAUCUGUCAGUAUUUUGGAUUUUGAAGGAUUCCUUUUAUUUGUAUCAGAUUAGACAUUUUGUUUUUUUGAUUUGUUUGUAGCUUUUCCAAUCGAAUACUAACUAAUCAAGAUGACACGCUAAAGUGCAAACUGCUUAAAAUAGUCAUGAUGACAAUGAAUUUUUUGUUUUGUUUUGGUCAUGAGUUCUUUUGUGGUCGUGAAAAGUGUGGAGACACCUGAUGGUUUCUGAGACGCUUUCUCGGACGUUGGACAGUGAACGAGUGGAACUGGAAAUCCCCAGCUGAACGUUCUGAACGUAAUGCUGUUCUUCAUGCUGAGAUUUGAAAUAAAAGACCAUAAAAGACUCCACAGGUUCCACGGCCGCUGUACGUGAAGCAAAUGAAGCGUUCUUGUCAAAUGUAGGAAUGAUUGUAGCAUUAGCACUUUGAUUCAUUUUGACCUGCUGCUAUUUGACAACAUUUCAUUUAACGCCAUUUCGAUUCUGUAUGGACAAACGACACCUGAGCAUGAAGUCGUAUGUGCUUUUUGAACGUCCGUCCACAUUCAGCUCCACUCUUCUGACGUUCCUCUAGAUUUUAUGGAGAUUUCUGGAGAUUCAGGUACAGAUUGUAGGUCCAACCCAUGAAAAGCAUGUGGAGCUUCACAGAGAAGGUAAAUUUCAUGCUCCAGCAUCCAAAGGCGUCCGAUACAAUUGCGUGCCUCCAACUUUGUGGUAACAGUUUGGGCAAGAAGCACAUACGGGUGGAUAAGUCGGGUGUCCCAAUACUUUUGCUCAAACGGUGUAUUUAUAAAGUGGACUACAUGAAAGACUUACUGAAGGUCCAGAUCGGUCUAUCUUUUACACCCAUGGGUUUUUUAUGGAAGGAAGUUUUUGAUUAGAAGCCACGAUGUUGUUGGUAUCAUUUUUUUUUUCUUUCGUCUGCUUUUGUAUAUGAAGUGUGCAAUAUUUUUUUGGGAGGAUUACACAGAAAUUGUAAAUGAAAAUACAUCGAUAAAUGAUUUUGUAAUCAGGUUAAUCAUUAAAAAAAAUUUGGACGUCC